AUGAAUUCUGAAACUGUGAGUAACCUUGUUACUACUGGAGUUGGUUCUAAGGCUGCUCCGAUCGAGGUCGAUGAACCUAGUUCGAAAAGGCUGAGACCAGCAACUUCUGAUGUUUGGAAUUUUUUCAAAAAGCUCGGUCCAGAUAAGGAUGGAGUAGAACGUGCUGAGUGUAAAGGAUGCAAGAAAGUGUUUAAAGCUGGAGGUAAGCGAUAUGGCACUUCUACUAUAAAACGGCAUCUUGAUAGUUGUACUCAAAUUAAGCAUGAAGAUAUUGGUCAGACUAUAGCAGAAUUGCAACUUAAAAUGGGUUCACUUAAGAUUGAUUCAGGAGUGGCUAGAGAUAUGUUUGCGGGGUAUGUAGUUGCUGGGGAUAAGCCUUUUAAUAUGGUUGAUGAUAUGAGAUUUAGAAAUUGGGUGAAAUAUAUUAGUCCAACUUUGAAACUUCCUUCUAGGAAUACGGUUAAGGCUGACAUAGUGAAAGUCCACAAGAGAGAAGCUGCGAAACUUAAAAAAAUUUUAGUUUCCAUUCCAAAUAAAAUUUGCUUAACAUAUGAUCUUUGGACUUCCAGUACCAAUGAGGGGUUUAUAUGUUUGACUGCACAUUUUGUUGAUGAGAACUGGAAAUUACAGAGUAAAAUUCUCAAUUUUUGUCAUAUGCCUCCUCCUCACACAGGAUUUGAAUUGUCUUCUAAAAUCUUUACGCUUUUGACUGAGUGGAAAGUUGAUAAAAAGAUUUUUUCCAUUACUUUGGAUAAUGCUUCUUCUAAUGAUACUUGUGUUGAACACUUGAAAAAUGGAAUGAAAAUAUGUGGUGAUGCAGUGUGUAAGAUUAGAGAGGGUAUUAAGUUUCUAAGAAAAUCUGAAAGUCGAAUGGUUAAGUUUAAAGAAUGUUUUGAAGAUAUUGAGGGACUUGAGUAUACGACUGCAUUAUGUUUAGAUGUUCCUACUACGUGGAAUUCACUUUAUGCAAUGCUUGCAAGUGCUAUUCCUUAUAAGAAAGCUUUUGAAAUGUAUAAAGUAAAAGAAGCUGGGUUUAGGGAGUAUUGUCCUUCAUCAGAUGAGUGGAGAAGAACUGAAAAGAUAUGUGAUUUCUUGUUACCAUUUUACGAAACUACCAAGUUGAUGUCUGGAACUUCUUACCCAACAUCCAACUUGUAUUUUUUACAAGUUUGGCAAAUCCAGCUGAUUUUAAUGAAUAGUUUGAAGAAUGAUGAAGUGCUUAUAAGGAAUAUGGGAAAAAAAUUAUGA